AGCUCGCGCGUGUCGCAACCGAAGGUGGAAUAAAGGGGGGUGUAUAAGACAUCUUCCUUUGUAGCCCUUUGUGUUAUCAUUCAUCGCCAGCCCCAGACAUGCGCACAGAACUUUUCUUCAUCUCUCAACCCGCGAGGCGAUGUAAGGAUGUCCGAGAGGUAAAACUAGCAUCCAGGAUGAAUUCAUGGCAGUGGCAGAGAUUGCGUGCUCUCGUCAUAGAUGCAGCAGCCAGGUUUCUCAAUACACAAUGUAGAUAUGAACACCAGGAUCCCGAAAUGGUUCGUUUGUUCUACCAGGCGGUCCACGCUACAUGGCCAGAAAUUGCAGCGAAAUAUCCCAAUUCAUGGGUUCUGGUCUGGUAUCUAAGGAUAUAUCUGUUGAAACGAGUAUAUCGGAAACGGUGGUCUGAUAAAAUCGCUCGUGAGAGGGCUGCCAGCCAACUCAGACGACUUCGCACAAAAAACACAAAUCAAUCGUCCGUCCAUCAAAUCGAUACCGGUGCUUCACAAGCCCGUGUAGCCAAGAGAACUCGAGGGAGGGCUAUUACCUGUGAUCGGCCUGUUUCCCCACCUGGUCCAGAAAUUAGCGUGUCACCUGCAAUGCAAUGCUCUGCUGUCAUCGCUCACCAGCACAGCGGGAGCUCAUCUUCUCCCGCCUCAGCACAAUCCCACAGCAUAGUACCCAUUCAAAGCUCUCAUGCAGUUUUUCGGUUUCUCGACUCGAUGACACCCAGUCUGGUAAAACUUGUUCCGGAUUUCCUUUCUGCUGGGAUUUAUGAUCAGAGCCAUCUGGAAGACUUCUUCACGUGGCCCGAGAAGGCUCAACGUAACUUUCUUCUCAAGACAUUUGUUGGAAAAAUGAACGCGUUGGAGUUAGGAGCAAUGCUAAUAGCGUUGAAUUGUAGACGCCAUGGCUAAGUUGAUGCUACAACUUGUUCUACGGUCACAACUCUGAUGUCACUUACGAUAACCUUACGACUUUGAUGUCUUAUGUAAAUAGUGGCUGCGUAGGUUCUCAACAACGUCAAACAGG